AUGAGGUGGCUCCUGCUCUGGGCGCUGGCUGUAAUGAAAGCAGCGGCUGUGGCCAACAUCCUGGCUUCGGCCCAGUCUUCUGCCCCCACAGCCAUGGCCUUCACCCCGACACCGCUGGAGGACACAUUCUUGCGCCCCCAGUUCUGCAAGUGGCCCUGCGAAUGCCCGCUGUCCCCGCCUCGCUGCCCGCUGGGGGUCAGCCUCGUCACGGACGGUUGUGAGUGCUGUAAGACCUGUGCCCAACAGCUUGGGGAUAAUUGCACAGAGGCCGCCAUCUGUGAUCCCCACCGGGGUCUCUACUGUGACUACAGCAGGGACCGCCCGAGGUACGCAAUAGGAGUGUGUGCACAGGUGGUUGGAGUGGGCUGCGUGCUGGACGGCGUGCGCUAUGACAAUGGCCAGUCCUUUCAAGUCAACUGCAAGUACAACUGCACGUGCAUUGACGGCGCCCUGGGCUGCACGCCGCUGUGCCUGCGUGCGCGUCCCCCGCGCCUCUGGUGCCGCCGCCCCCGGCUGGUGCGCGUACCCGGCAGUUGCUGCCAGCAGUGGAUGUGUGAUGACCAGGACACCAGGAAGCCACGCAAGACGGCGCCACGCGACACGGACUCUGCCGUGGCUGCGGCAGAGGUGGAGCCAUGGCACAGGAACUGCGUAGCUUUUACGAGUGCCUGGAGUCCCUGUUCCAGCAGCUGCGGCCUGGGCAUCUCUACGCGGAUCUCCAAUGCCAACGCCCGGUGCUGGCCUGAGCAGGAGACCCGCCUCUGCAACCUGCGUCCAUGCGAAGUAGAUAUCCGUCCGCACAUCAAGGUAGGGAAGAAGUGUCUGGCUGUAUACCAGCCAGAGGCGCCCAUGAACUUCACCCUUGGAGGCUGCAUCAGUACACGCUCCUACAGGCCCAAGUACUGCGGGGUCUGCACAGAUAACAGGUGCUGUAUCCCCUACAAAUCCAAGACCAUCGACGUCUCCUUCCAGUGUUCUGAUGGGCCUGGCUUCUCCCGCCAGGUCCUAUGGAUCAACGCUUGCUUCUGCAACUUGAGCUGCAGGAACCCCAAUGAUAUCUUUGAGGACUUGGAAGCCUACCCCGACUUCUCAGAAAUCGCCAAUUAA